AUGCAGUUUAAAGCGGAAUUUGAUGAAAUAUUUGUAAAUACACCCCUGGCUACCGAAGGAAAUCUACGUGGAAUCAAUAGUGGAAGCACAGAGAAUGAUCAAAACAGUGAAAAUAAACAUGAAAAACAAAAAAGUGAACAAACGGUAGGUUCAAAUGAGGCCGGGACGGAUUUAUUUUCGGGAAAAUCGCUGGACCACAGGGACUCGGUAGCAAAGCCAGCAGUGAUUAAAUCCUACGCCUACAGGCCUCGAGACCAGUACCGUGAAAUUGGAUUAAUUAAAGGGAGGCGGAAUGGAGAUGCUAGUAGGCCCAGGAUAAGGAAUAAAUGGGCCGGGACUGUGCUUGAUCCCCUUAGCCCGUUUGGCGUCGGCGACGGGAAGUUUCUCCAAUUUAAGGGAAACGGAGGCCUGCUGAACAAGCGUCUUCAGAACACCAACAAGAACAACUUCCUCCAGUACAACUUGACUGGCGACGGCAUGGACAAGCGGGGCAUCAAUGGCUCCUUCAACGCCUAUCGCGCCGAGGACACCAUAACCAAGGUCGAAAGCGUUAAGCUUACGAUAUAUAUCUCCGUGUUUGCAGGGGCAUUCUUCGGCACUAUCUUAGUGGUUUGGCUGAUUGGAAUCAUGCUUUCUGCUGGUUCAAAACGGAAGUCCAAAAAAGGCCGCUCAGGUGAAUCGGCUGAUGACGGGGCAAUGUCGGAAGUUAAUGCUGAGGGCGACCUCUGCCUGGCAGAGUCCAGGGCAAGCAACCCUAGUCUACUGAAGAUUGACUACUAUAUUAGUGCUGAAAACAACCUUGGUUCCGCCCUCAGUGACAUAGAUGAAAGCGACGAAGACUCUGACGAGGACGAAGACACUGCCAUCAACAGGCUGAAGAGCAUUUUCGACGUUGGCCCUGAGGAAGACGAUGAAGAAUAUGACGAACAGAGUCCCCUACUCCACGAGGGGCACCAAAAUAAUGGAAACUCAGCCGCUGCAGCUAUUGGUGGUAACGCCGUGUCGCCAUCUGCAGCAACUGACAACGCAGGUUCGGCCGAUCCCACCCCUACUGUAAACCUUGGUCAUCAGAAGGAUUUAACGUCGAUAUGUGAGAACAUAUUCAAUGUUAACAUGAGCUUGGUCUUUGUGUAUGAACUGUUUUAA